AUGCAGCACCAGCGUAGUCUCGUCAACUCUGUGACACGCAGUGGACUAAUAUUCAGAUCUAUCAGAUUGCCACCCUCCUCAACUGCGACGGACUGUCUCCUCAAUGCUCAUGAGCAAUGUAACUUACGCACCGAAAAGUGUUACCUAAAGGCCAGAGCAAGGGACACCGUAAGUUUUCAUCUCUACGCUGAAAUGCAUCAAUUGCCCCUAACCAAUAUGACGGUGAAUGCUCAACUUUUUGUCAAGGGCAAUGGCUAUAGGCCAUUUUUGUACAAUGACACUUUGGAUUUUUGCAAAUUUGUUAAAAAUCCAAAUCGUUAUAUGUUUUGGAAAAUCAUCUAUGAAAUACAAAAACCGUAUUCAACGGUGAAUCAUUCAUGUCCAAUCAAUGAUCUAAAGGAAUCCUUGGUACCCAAGCAUGUGCCAUUGGUCGAGAAGAAAUAUCUGCACCUGACCAGAUCUCACCAAUCUUUUUUAGCGCACAACGAUAUAACUCAAUCGAGCGUUGAUCCCUGA